AUGACCCACCUGCCAUUAAGGGUGAAAAAUCCUCGCUCCAACUUAAAACCCUUGAUUAACAGCUUCUUCUCUCGUCCUCUCGCUGCCCACGCUGCAGAGAUCUCCCGCCCUGCGGAUAACUCCGUGGAAUGGAAUUCCCGCAUUCGCGACCUGGCGAGGUCAGGAGACCAUGGCUCAUCUCUAUCGGUCUAUCGGAGGAUGACCCAGAUGGGGAUUCCGCCAGAUUAUUCUUCUCUGAUCUCUCUCAUGGGUUCCCUCUUCCAUGUCCGUGAAACCAGAGCAGCUCUGGGGGUUAUCGCCCUCCUGAUGAAGCAGGGGUACGCCAUUAACACCCUCAUUCUCAACCUCCUGCUCAGGGGGCUCUGCCGGAGCCGCUACGUUGGGAGGGCCAUGGAAAUCUUCCGCUGUGCCAGCCGUAGAUCGAUCGUCCCAGAUGCCAUCACCUACAACACCCUCAUCAGCGGGCUCUGCAAGGAGAAGAAUCUGAAAAUCGCCAUGGAGCUGUGGGCGGAGAUGGCCAGAAGGGGCUGCUCCCCCACUGUCAUCUCCUACACCUCCCUCAUCGACGGGCUCUGCAAGGGGGGCCGGUCAGAGGAAGCGGCUGCCCUGUUAAACCAGAUGAAGGAGAAGGGUCUGGCAGCAGACGUCGUCAUCUACAGUGCCCUCAUAAAUGGGCUCUGCAAGGAAGGCAGAGUGGACGAGGCCAUCGUCUUCUUCACCGAGAUGUCUGCAAAUGGGAUAAUGCCGAAUGUGGUCACCUACACCUGCCUGGUGGAUGGCUUCUCCAGGGCUGGGAGAUGGGAAGACGCCAUGGAGAUGCUGAGCAGCAUGGGGGAGCAGGGUAUUCACCCCGAUGUCUUCACCUAUACGAGCCUAAUUGACAGGCUCUGCAGGGAAGGGAAGAUAGAACAAGCGAUGAAGAUGGCGAGCUUGAUGGAGGAGAAGGGUGAGGAGCCCAACGUCGUCACCUACAAUGCCCUGAUCAAUGGUCUCUGCAAGAACGGAUUUUUAUCAGAAGCCUCUGAAUUGCUGAAGAAGAUCGUCGAGCUGGGGAGAUCCCCGGAUGUCAUCACCUACAACACGAUGAUCAGGGGGCUCUGUGACAGUCGGAAGGUGGAUGAAGCCAUGGAGCUGUUCAAGAAGUUGGCUGAUGGUGAGCUCAAGGUUGAGCCAAACAUGACAACCUAUGGCACUCUGAUUAAUGGGCUCUGCAAGGAAGGGCGGGUCGAUGAGGCUCUGUAUAUUCAUCGGACCAUGGUUGACCGAGGUAACAUCGGCGAUGUGGUGACCUACAACACCCUGAUCGACGGCCUCAUGAAGACCCAGAAUGCCGAAAGGGCUAUGAGACUUCGAGAAGAGAUGGUCUCUUUAGGCGUUGACCCCGAUUCAUUCACCGAUAACAUUGUCCUCCAUGGGCUCUGCAAGAUGGGUCGGGCAGAUGCUGCAGAGAGUUACUUCAAUGAAAUGAAGGCCAGGGGGUUGAGCCCAACUCUGUUUCACUACAAUUCCUUGAUCUCAGUCCUGUAUGGGGCCCACCAAACGGAGCCCGCCAUGAGGUUGCUUGAUGAGAUGAAGUCCAGCGGCUGCGGGCCUGACAUUGUCUCCUACAACACCCUAAUUACAGGAUCUGGAAGAAUCGGCGACCUCAAAGCCGCAAGGGGCUUGCUUGAAGAUAUGCUCAAGAGGGGGUUGGCUCCAGACGCUAUUACAUACUCUGCAUUGAUCGAAGGCUGUGUGAAGGCUGGGAGGCCGGGCGAGGCGAGGGAGUUGCUUGAGAUGAUGAUGGCUGCUGGGUUCCCACCCGAUGUCGGUGUUUACGACUCAUUGCUGCGUGGGUUGAGCGCCAAAGGGGAAACCAGGGAGGCCACUGAGCUCCUUCGGCAUAUGGCUGACAGUGGCAUCGUGCCCGAUGAUGGAAUGGCCUCAACCAUUAUGUAUUGCCUCUCUGCCCAUGGGAAGGACUCCGAGCUUCUGGAGAAUGUGCCCAGGUUUCCGUUUGAGAAAAGAUGA